AUGUUAGCGGUGGGGGCAAUGGAGGGCACCCGGCAGAGCGCGUUCCUGCUCAGCAGCCCGCCGCUGGCCGCUCUGCACAGCAUGGCCGAGAUGAAGACCCCUCUGUAUCCCCCCGCCUACUCCCAGCUACCCGCCGGGCCCCUCUCCUCCUCUUCCUCGUCUUCGUCUUCCUCCUCCUCGUCGCCCUCCCCGCCCUUGGGCACCCACAACCCCGGCGGCCUGAAGCCCCCGACCGCGGGGGGGCUCUCGUCCCUGGGCAGCCCCCCGCAGCAGCUCUCGGCCGCCACUCCGCACGGCAUCAACGACAUCCUGAGCCGGCCCUCCAUGCCCGUGGCUUCGGGGCCGCCGAAGUCUUUCCAAGUCCCGGGACUGCUUUCCUGCAGCCGAGUGCCAGCAACUGCAGGAAUUUGCGGGAGCUCGCGGAAGCUUCGGGGUCAAACCCGCGGGCGGGAGGCGGCCCUAGAGGGUGCAGAUCAAGGAUCCAUUUUGUUGGACAAAGACGGUAAGAGAAAACACACCAGACCCACGUUCUCUGGCCAGCAGAUCUUCGCCCUGGAGAAGACGUUCGAACAAACCAAAUACUUGGCGGGGCCAGAGAGGGCUCGCUUGGCCUAUUCAUUGGGCAUGACUGAGAGUCAGGUCAAGGUAUGGUUCCAGAACCGCCGCACCAAGUGGAGGAAGAAGCACGCGGCCGAGAUGGCCACAGCCAAGAAGAAGCAGGACUCGGAGACCGAGCGGCUCAAGGGGGCGUCGGAGAACGAAGAGGAGGACGACGAUUACAACAAGCCCCUGGACCCCAACUCGGACGACGAGAAAAUCACGCAGCUGCUGAAGAAGCACAAGCGCUGGGACGCGGCGUUCUCCCGCCGGCGGCGGGGCGGGCGAGGAGAGGUGCCAUUUGGAGGGUCGACGCCCACCGCGCCGGGGACCUCGGAGCGCCGCGGGCAGGCGGGCGGGCGAGCGGCCGCCACCGCUGCCCAGAGGGACGCUUCUCCCCCGCAGACUGCGGUGCCCCCUAAAGUAACCUGUUGA